CAACUCUACAAAACCGCACUCCUCAUUCCUCUACUACUCUCCACCUCUUGCUUUUAGCAAACAUCAUUCUGCCUUCAUACAAAGAAUACUCCAAGUCCUCUAGAUCUUUCUGCUUGUACUUUCAAAGUACUGCCAUUGAUCGCCUCCGACUUAAGCCAUUCUUGACGAAGGCUUUCGAUAUAUCGAGCACAACAAACGAACAUACUAACCAAACAACUACCAGGAACCAUUAGGUUGAGUCUCUUGGAGCUCGUUCGAUAUACCGAACCUCUUAUCAUCGAUCGAUACAUUUACUUGUCUUUCGACCGAGAUCAUACCCCAAUAUUGCAAAAUGGCAACUGCAGUAUCUACCCCGAUGAAGUCCCAUGCUGGACUAUUUUCCACACGUACCGCUGGCGGACGGAUGCCUCUGACACCAUCUCCUCGUACUCGUACAGCCGCAAUGUCGAAUAACAACUCAUCUCCAUUCACACCAGAGAGAAAGACAUUAGACAACGAUAGUAUCAGAUCAUCCAAGUCCACAUACGGUGGAAACCUUUCAUCACAUUUCACAAAGUCGGCAUCAAGAACCUCACACCGCGACUCGCCAAAGUCUAACAUUGCCAAAGGCGCACAAACUCCUCGUCGUGCCUUGGAACUCGGUGUCUCCGACUUUUCUCUUACUGGUACUGGUGCGAAGACCCCAAGCAGCAGCCGAUCAAGAAAGGGCCCUCUUCGACAGAAGUCUACCAAGACUACACUUUCAUACGGAGAUCGCUUCAUCCCCAACCGUGGAGCAAGCUCAGCUAUCACAACUGGUGGAUCUGGCAAGCUCGAUCACUCUGACAAGCAACGACCAAAGACAAGUGGUGGUGAAGGAUCAGCAGCUCUCGCGUCUGCAGCAGAUGAUGCAUUGGCGGCUCUGAACUCAUUGUCCCUCAACGACGAUGAAGAGCCUUCUACAUACACUCGUCCAUCUCCAAACACCGUCGCUUACACAGACUCGCUCGCAUCAGCUUGUGGUGUUUCCCUCAACCAACGCAUCCUUGCUUUCAAGCCUGCCCCUCCCGAGUCGUCCAAGCCAGUCGACCUUCGAUCACAAUACAACCGACCUCUCAAGAAUGCCAAUGCUGCAUCAGCACAAUUCAGACGCCGUGUUGCCACAGCUCCUGAGCGCGUCCUCGAUGCUCCUGGUCUAGUUGAUGACUAUUACUUGAACCUUCUUGACUGGUCUUCUGGCAACCAAGUCGCCAUCGGUCUCGAGCGUAACGUCUACGUCUGGUCAGCUGAAUCCGGAACUGUCAACUCCCUUCUCGAGACCAGCCCAGACACCUAUGUCAGCAGCGUUAAGUGGUCUGGUGAUGGCGCCUAUGUCAGUGUUGGCCUUGGCACGGGAGAAGUCCAAAUCUGGGAUGUGGAGGAAGGUACCAAGCUCCGAAGUAUGCACGGUCACGAUACUCGUGUUGGUGUUAUGGGCUGGAACAAGCACACUCUGUCUACAGGAGCAAGAUCUGGUCUCGUCUUCAACCACGAUGUUCGUAUCGCAGAGCACAAGAUUGCCGAGCUUGUUUCUCACACUUCUGAAGUAUGUGGUCUGGAAUGGAGAGCCGAUGGUGCUCAGCUUGCUACUGGUGGAAAUGACAAUCUCGUCUCCAUCUGGGACGCACGCUCUUUAGGAGCUCCCAAGUUCACCAAGACCAACCACAAGGCCGCCGUAAAGGCCCUCAGCUGGUGCCCAUGGCAACCAAACGUCCUCGCUACUGGUGGUGGAUCUUAUGACCGUCACAUCCACUUCUGGAACACAACUACCGGUGCUCGUGUCAACAGCAUUGAUACUGGUUCUCAAGUCACAUCCCUAAGAUGGAGCCCCCACUAUCGCGAAAUCGUCAGCACCAGCGGUUUCCCAGACAACUCUAUCAGCAUCUGGAGCUACCCAACUUUGGUACGCAAUGUUGAGAUUCCUGCUCAUGAGACCAGAGUCCUCCACAGCUGCCUCAGCCCUGAUGGGCAGAUGCUUGCAACAGCUGCUGCUGAUGAGAGCUUGAAGUUCUGGAAGGUGUUUGAGAAGAAGGCUGGUGCCAGCUCCUCGGCGAGCGGCUCAGGUGCUUCUGGAAAGGCUGAUAUGGUCAAGCAAAUGACUAUCCGCUAACGUGGAUAUCAUCAAGGCUCUGUGAAGUGUCCGGGCUUCCAAGAGAGCAGGGUAAAGUAUAAGAACGAAUUUCCAUACUGGCAUUAGCGGUUGGAUUGAAUAGCGUGGCGUUGGGGAGUUUGUUGAUGCCUCAAUGCCCACGGCCGAAAGUGCUUCACCUGGUGCGAAUUAUGCUUGAUGAUGGAUGACUGGAAAGGAGGAACGGAACCAUACUCUUCUGCUGGCAGGCUUCAUGACCAGUACUUGUACCUAGGAUGGAUUAUCAAUUAGGAUUGUAAUAUUACUGUCGCGUCUACACAGUGU